AAUAAAACUAAAACAAUUUUUUUUCGAGUACACACCAGAGUCCAGAGAUAAAAAUGAAGUGUGAUGUUAUUCCCGUCGAAGAUUAUGAUCUAUUGGAGCUGGCCCAGAUAGAAAUGGGCUUUGAAAGGAUCCCGGAGGAGCAAAUCGAAGAUGAAUCUGUUUUAGAUUUGGAUUAUAUAGAUGAGAAUCAGGACCAUACAUAUUCGGGGAAUGAAGAGGAUUAUUCAGAGCAGCAGGAUCCUGAUGGGCUUUCGGAAGACAAUAGGGACAGCGAAUCGCAGGACACACAGAAUGAUACGCUAGAUAUGGUGAUGGAUCAAAAGUCUGCAGUCGCCUUAUGCAAGUUUAUUAACCGCAACUUGGAUCUAUUCACCAACAAGAUUGUCUUGGACGUAGGCUGCUGCUGCGGCAUCCUCAGUCAGUAUUGCAUCCAGGCUGGGGCUGCGCUGGUCAUUGCCACGGGCAAUGAGAGUGCUGCUGCAUAUGUAUUGGUGAAUGCCACCGCUCAUGGAUAUGGCAAUGUGUUCGUGCCGAUGAAGGGUCCCAUUUCCGAGAUCGAGCUGCCCUUUGGCCUGACUCAUGUUGAUGUUAUAGUCUCCGAGUGGAUUGGACAUUCGGUCUUCGUGGGCUCGCGGUUCAAGGAUGUUCUCUAUGCCCGGGACAAGUGGCUGGUAAAGGGCGGCCUAAUCUUUCCGAAUAUUGGAAAGCUUUAUAUUACCGGCCUUUAUGAUAAUCCUAUCAAGUACACGGAAGGUUAUCAGGACGACACAAUAGAAGACGACCAGGACAAUCGCACUCACUCUGCUGAUGCAGACAAUAAUUCCGAUUGGGAAGACGAUGAAGAAGACGAUAGGCCAUUGCCAACUUUAUUAGAUGCUCAUGUAGGCCCGGUGGAUGUCAUCAGCGAGAAGUUUCUCCUUAAGUCUGUCGAUCUCUACACGGCCCAGGAGGACGAGGAUUGCUUCAAUACGCCCUUCAAACUGCGGAUUCUGGAGGACGGGAUACUCAUAGCUUUUGCACUGCACUCCGAGAUUUGGGUGUCCGUGCCCAACCAGAGGGCUAAGCGAUUGUUCUCCACUGGGCCCAUGCACCCAGUAACCUAUCUGAAGCAGACGGUUUUGAUACUGGAGAGACAACGUACUGUUGUGAAGGAUAAGCUACUGAAAGGUGUUUUCGGCAUAUACCACAAUCAAAUGCGACGUCGCGGCGUAGAGUUCUCCCUGGGGCUAAAAGGGGGCGACUUUGAUCCAGACUUAGAGCCCAAGUCAGAUUCACGCACAGAAGAGUACGAUUUUUAUUCAGGGAUUGACUCCUUGGGAUUAUUGUUCGGCGAGGAGCCAAUGGCAGAACCAAAUUUUGAAGUUGAUCUCGACUCUGGGGCAGAGUCGCACACAGUGCCAGAGUUUUAGCGAGCACAAGAGUCAGGGACAGGGUAAUACAUGUAUUAGUUUUAGACACACAGUUUUGUUUAACAAAUAAAGGGAUUCGAAUGCAAUGUU